CUGUGCAUAAAUUUCGGUCUAGUUGUCAUUUAUGUUGAAAAUGUUGUUUUAUUUCAUCUGAUAGUGUGUUUAGGGCAUUUUUCUGAGGUAGAUGACUGUUGGAGGUUGUUGUUCGCUGCCGUUUCACUUGUGAAAUCGGUCCGAUUAUCUGUUGCGAGUCAACAUUUGGUUAGUUUUCUAUGCUAUGGAGAACCGUCUUUUGCUUUGUAUAUACUUUCUAAACCUUUUAAAUGUGUAUCCUUUUUGAAUAUCCUAAAUUCCUGUGUUUCUCAGCAAGCCAUUCCAUUGCAAAAUUCAACCUCCAUACCGGUGUUUAAUGAACUUAGCAAGUGGGAUUUCGUAGAUCAGUUCCUCACUCGGUCAAAACCGGCAAUUAUAAAAGGACUUAUCAGUCACUGGCCUGCUAUUGAAAAGUGGAGUUUCGGUUAUCUCCACCGUAUACUUGCUCGUCGUGUGGUUCCCGUCGAGCAAGGUUCCAAGUACACUGAUAGUAGCUGGAGUCAAACACUUAUGACAGGUUCGGAGUUCUUCAGGAAAUGCACACUUCUGGAGAGGGGGCCUUUGUAUCUUGCUCAACAUCGUCUUUUUGAUCAAAUACCUCAGUUAUGUGAUGACUUCUGUCUGCCUUUAUACUGCGAUCACUGCGAUGAAGUCGAUAGGAAUUGUUGGAUUGGGCCUGGAGGGACCAUAUCGCCGCUUCAUACUGACCCAAGGGAGAAUCUUUUUUGUCAGAUUUCGGGUCGCAAAUUUUUCCGCUUGGUGCCUUCUGUUGAUACUGAAAACGUAUACGCUUUUAAGGAUGGAAUCACUACAAACACUAGUCAGGUAGAUGCGCUGAAUCCUAACUUGGACGAAUAUCCAGAUUUUGCUAGAGCACAAUGUUGGGAUGGAGUGGUAGAAGGUGGGGAUGUACUCUUCAUACCGAAGGGCUGGUGGCAUUUUGUCUCUUCACUCAGCAAUUCAAUAUCCAUUUCAUUUUGGUUCGAUGCUUGA